AUGGCUCAAAACGAGAAACACUCGGUUCUGCACUCAAGCAAUGAUACUCUUGACAAAGAGCAGCUACUACUACUCGCACUCGCCAUUUUGCAGCGCACUUUUCCGCCGGCUUCACAUCCAAGCGAUGUGAAGCCAUCUAUCAGCGAGCCUAUAUUUGGGUCUUAUCAUGUUGUCUUUCCGUUGACUUUUGACAACGGUCUGCGCUGGGCGGUCAAAAUCCCCGUUAACGGUACUGAGAGCGAAUGGAAUGAGCUAUCUGCAAAGGCUCUGUCCUCCGAGGCGAAUACAAUGCGCCUGUUAAAGCACGAGACCACCAUUCCUUUACCAGAUGUUUUAGACUUUUCUUCAACCACGGACAAUACCAUUGGCUGUCCAUACAUCUUGAUGACUUUUAUUUCUGGAAUGCCUCUAUAUAAAGUGUGGUUUGGACAUCGCUUCAACAACACUAGCCCAGAUAUCAUACGGGCACGCCGUGUUCGAGCACUUGAAGGCAUCGCAUCGGCAAUGGAACAACUCGACAAGUUUAUUUUUCAAACCGGUGGCUGUCCUGUUUUCAAGGACAACGAGGACCAACCCACCAUCGGCUCUCUGCGACGAGUCGAUCACAAGGCGAUACUUGAUCGGUGGUUUAUUCAUCGUGAUCCAAGCGAUGACCCUAUCUAUGUCGAAUCUGCGGCAUAUAGUGACCCAAAAUUACGUUACACCUUCAUGCUCGACCUGCACCCCGAGAAUAACCCGAUUCCUCAAGGUCUCGCGAUGCUGUUGCAUCAGUUGAUCAGCUGGAUUCCCGAGCCCCAGGGAAACGGCCCCUUCGUGCUUGCGCACCCCGAUUUUGACAUACAAAACUUUAUUGUAUCGGAAGAAGGCGAGCUUCUUAGUAUUAUUGAUUGGGGCGGAGUUGCAGCGGAGCCCCAGAGUCUCGGAAACAGGGGCUAUCCUGGUUGGCUUACUCGCGAUUGGGACCCGGCAAUGUACGGGUACAAAGAAUCCAUGGAAGACGGGGUCGAACCAGAAGGCGUCUGGGAAGACUCGCCCGACUGCCUUGCUUACUAUCGUGGUAUCUAUAAUGCUAUCAUAACAAGGCAUAAAUGUGAGAUCAACUCAUGUCGGAUGUCCCUCAUUACAGAAAAUCUAGCCAUUGCAGCUGAAAACCCUCCACAGCGAAAUCCGAUUCUAAAGAAACUGGUACACGAAGCCUGGGCUGCUACGGGUGAAGAAGACGAAUUGGACUAUUUGGAUGUAGCUCGGUCUUUUGUUGACGGCGAAGUGAAUGGUGAAGUAAUGGAUAAGCUUAAAAAAGGCUUUUAUAUUCUGCUGUCAAAAGAAGGACUAUAG